UUCCGCUCAGCGGAGCAGGAAGACGGCGGAAGUGGCGUCGUCGUGUUUACACUGUUCAGCUGUGUCGUUUUAAUACGAGAUCUCUGAAAGCGGAUUUCUUUCUCUCUCUUUGAAUUCACGCAUUGUUUUUUUACCCGCAGGGUUUGGGUGUAGUUGUCGCGUACACAUGGGUGCACACGGGGUUUUGGGCAACGAGCACGAGUCCAUCGACUACUCGGUGCACGAAGCGUGGAACGAGGCCACGAACGUUUACCUGCUGGUCAUCCUGGUCAGCUUCGGCCUGCUGAUGUACGCCCGAAAAAACAAGAGGAAGAUCAUGCGUAUCUUCACUCUGCCUCCCACCGUCGGCAGCAGCCCGGAGCCAAACUUCUACGACAGCCUGCAGAAGGUCCGCCUGCGACAGCAGCUGGAGAUGUACUCUCUGGCCAGGAAAUUUGAGCAGCAGCAGGGUCAGACGGACAGCGUCCAGCUCUCCAUGGAAUGAGUUCAUCCUGAGCGAACACUCCUGCGUCUUCAAGCACUCUGCACACGGAUAGGAAAGGACUUGGAUGGCUUUCACGAUCCGAGAUCGCUCAAAAGCCUGCGACUCCUAUCCCUAGUUGUUUUCCAUUUGGCUCCCUCGAAUGAGAAGUCUUCUUUCACCUUCUGUUGUCUGCUCGUUGUCUGUUAACACAUUGGAAUAUGUACAGCUGGAGGGGAUGAUGAUGAUGAAGCCAAGAGGAGGAGUGUGGCAUCCAGCAGAUGUCACUGAGAUACUUACAGUAUGGUGUCAAAGUCCACCGUGAAGAAUUACUUGCACAUAGAACAAGAUUCUUUUAACUUUAAGAUAGAUUUUAGUUGAUUAACAUGUUUUUUUUUUAUGUUUUGUGUCAGCUGGUAGUAAAAAUCUCUCAAAUGUGAAAAUAAAAGCACAUAAAUCUCAAACAAC